GUUAGUUAUAUGUCUCUUAGUUCAAAAAUGCUGACGGCCUCAUCAAUGACCAAACCUCAGCUUGGCGAUACACUGAUCAGAGCUGCAACAUGUCUCUACACACUUGACGAGCCAAUCGCAACCUGCUUCGUUCAAACGGGCUGGUCAUUUCGCUAAACACCUGGAAUCUCGAACCGUCCAUCCUGCACAGUCUAGGAGGUAACUGCGCCGCAGACUACGAUCAUGAUCCCUGACAAUGCCAUUCCAAAGCUUAUUUCCCAGCUGUAUAGCUACGCAGAGCGGCUCGCGGUGCCAUGGCCAUGGUAUCUGGCUCCGCGGUCAAACCAUCGCAAGGGGUUUAUCUAAAAGGAGGGGACACCCUUAGUUGCUUUUUGAUAUAUCAGGUCCAAAUCGAUAUUAAGCUGGGUGGAGAUAUACUUGAUAAAGAUGAAGUUUAUCACUGUCGUUUCACUUAGCGCUAUCGCAGCAGGCGGAUUGGCAGGCACAUUCGAGCCAACGGAUUUCAACGUCACAGAAGCACUCAUCGCAAAUGGAGUCAACGUUUCCGCCAUCCCAGAGCUUGAGGGACUGGUUGAACGCUCUUCACCCAGUGCCUGUUCAAUAGCUUGCAAAACCCUCGAAGUCACAUUCGGUAACAGCAGUGUACUGUCUGAAGGAUCGUCGGCGUACAAAAACUUCACAAGCGCGUACUGGUCGGCUCAACAGAGCACUGUCAGUCCUUAUUGUGUCUUCAAACCGACCAAGGCCCUGCAAGUCUCAACGCUCGUCCUGUUGUCUCGCCUCACACAAUGCCCGUUCGCUGUCAAGGGCGGAGGCCACGCUGCUUUUCCCGGAGCUUCCAGUAUCGAGGGCGGCAUCACGGUAGCCAUGGAGAAGAUGAAUGAGGUGUCGUUGUCUUCCGACAAGAGUAUUGCGUCUGUCGGACCUGGCAAUCUCUGGCUGAACGUCUACAAGACACUGGAACAGCAUGGCCUCGUAGUCAUGGGCGGUCGUGUGGCCACCGUUGGCGUCGCCGGACUCACCCUUGGUGGCGGUAUUUCACAUUUUGCCAACGCACACGGCUGGGCUUGCGAUAACGUUGACUCUUUUGAGGUCGUCACCGCCUCUGGAACCAUCGUCACUGCUAGUGCAACAUCGUUCCCCGACCUGUACUGGGCCCUGCGCGGCGGUGGGAACAACGUGGGAAUCGUGACAAAGUUCAACAUGAGGACGUUCCCUCACGGCGAGAUGUGGGGUGGGCCUCGUGUCCACCUCGAGUCGGAGUGGGAUGCCGUCUAUCAAGCUUACUACAACCUUGCCAGGGAUGCAGCCAACGACACAAAGCAGGCGCAGAUCGUCUCCUUCAUGCUCCGCGAUGGAACAAAAAUGGCCAUGGUCGACCUGGAAUACUCGGAUCCUACGCCCUGGCCUUCUAUUUUUGACGAGUGGAAGGGGAUCCCUGCCAUUUCCGACACGACUGGCAUCAACAACCUCUCUCAGCUGACCAUCAACAUGGGUGCAGGAAUCCCCGAAGGGAUCCAAGAACUCUACUGGGACAAGACGUUCAAGUUGGACCGCGACCUCUUCAAGUUCAGCAUCGACACGUUUUUCGAGAUGGUUGACACGAUGCAGGACGUCGCCAAUUUGUUCCCAGUGCUGUCGUUCCAGGCGAUCACGGUGCCCGCGAUGGAGAAGAUGCAGCAGAAUGGGGGUAACGCGCUUGGUCUCGACUCUAAGAAUGGCCCAAUCUUCAUCUCUAACCUUGCGAUGAUGUGGACAGACAGUGCCGAUGCUGCUCGUGUUGCGUCCUUCACAAAUGAGCUGGAGCAGCGUCUUACUGCGGAGGCCAAGGCUAAGGGAUUGGACAACGACUUCAUCUACAUGAACUAUGCAUCUUUCCACCAAGAUGUCGUGGCGAGUUACGGGUCGGCGUCGAAGCAGAAGCUGAAGACGAUCGCAGCCAAGUACGAUCCUACCGCCGUUUUCCAGAAAUUGCAGCCGGGGUACUUCAAGCUCGAGGGGGCGCCGUUUGGUCCAUAUUCUGGGUAGGCUUGGAUUGGUGUGUAGACCAGCAUGUAUUUGACAGCUCGUGUUUAGACUGUGGUGUUACAUGAUGAUUAUGUAGCUAAUAACCAGCAACGU